UGGAACAGACGGUCGUGCCAAGCGAGUAACUGGGGUUAGUCAUUUUACAAUCUGAGUAUGUCACAUCGAGUUGAAGGGCUACGGCAAACAUACGAAGGGUAAUCAAGAACAUACAAAGGCGAUCUCUGGAUUAAACCAUAACGUUUCAAAACUACUCAACUAAACGGAAACAAGCGCAAUGAGUUCAAACGAGCACUCGCUUCAAGCUUUAUCGUGGAGACAACUUUACUUGAGUCGAGCAAAACUUAAAGCCACCAGCAGAACCUCUGCUCUGCUCUCCGGCUUUGCUAUGGUGGCGAUGGUGGAGGUCCAGCUGGAGGAUGAUCAUGAAUACCCUCCUGGCUUAUUGAUUGCUUUCAGUGCCUGCACAACAGUGCUGGUGGCCGUCCAUCUCUUUGCCUUGAUGAUCAGCACAUGUAUCCUGCCCAACCUGGAGGCCGUGAGCAACGUCCACAACCUCAACUCCAUAAAGGAAUCGCCACACGAGCGCAUGCACCGCCACAUCGAGCUGGCCUGGGCCUUCUCCACCGUCAUAGGCACCCUCCUCUUUCUUGCCGAGGUGGUUCUGCUGUGCUGGGUGAAGUUCCUCCCUCUGAAGAGUAAAGUUAAAUAUCCCCCGACAGAGAAUGUAACUGUAUCUCUAGUAAGCCCAGGAGAAGCUGCAGCGAUCACCUCUACCGUCAUCAUGGUGCCCUUUGCCUUGGUGUUCAUUGUUUUCGCAGUGCAUUUUUACCGUUCGCUGGUCAGCCACAAAACGGAGCGGCAGCAUCAGGAGUUGGAGGUUCUGGCCAAAAUCACACAGAUGCAAAACCAACUGGAUCACAGGGGAGACAUGUCCAACCUGUCCUCUUCAGCACAUUUGGCGUAGUUGAUGCACUUAGAUGAGCCCUUGAUCUCGUACCAAACAAAAUAUGGACUGUUGUCAUUAUUAGACACUAUAUGAUGGGAAUCAGGGCUUCUGCAAUAUGGUAGUAUCACAGUAUUGUGAUGUUUUUCACGUUAGAUUUUUUUAGUGUACAUACAAACAUUUAUAUAGAUGGGAAAUCAGAAAUUUUAACUGCUAUUCAAAUCUUCUGUUUGCGCACAAAUAAGAGAUAAAAAAUGCAGUUUAAAAAUAGUUUUUCUUACAGUUACAGGAUGGUUUAAAUUUGGCAUGCAUUGGAAGUCGCGAUAGCCUUUUCUUCCCUAUUGUGACGUAUAUAUAUAUGAGUCAAACGGUUUUUCGUACAAGAAAAAAUGUAGGGUGAGACUUGAUUUUGUUUAACGGGAAUUUCUUACAUCAUCAGAAAAGAGAUGAGUAGUUGUUUCAAGAGGGAGGGGAAGAUAUUUUAACUUGAGGCACUUGAGGGCACAUUAAUUUUAGAUCAUCUUUUAUAAUAAAUAGUGCAUAAUCGCAUUAAAAAUAAGAACUGUUAUUGAAUAAGAACAUUAAUUUAAAGGAAAAUAUUACGUAAUACGAUGAUUGGCCUCACUGAAUUUAUUCAAAUUUAGGAUAAAAUAACUUUAAAAAUAAAAUAUAAUGUUUUGAUUCCCUCAUUUCCUUGCUUUGCUCAAUGUUUCACUUUGUUUUAGUGACUUUGGAUGCUUACAGCUUAGAAAAUGUAUCAAAAGCAAAAUAAUAAAGAUUAUUUUUUUAAUAAUAAAGCUUAGAAAAUAUAUCAAAAGCAAAAUUAUAAAGAUUUAGGCCUUAAAAAAAAACAAAACAAAACAAAACAAUCUGAUUGGGUAGUUGAUUGAAUAGGGCAGAGCAGUUUAUUGUUUCAGUUCAGUAUUUCCAUAUACUGAUAGGCCAAAUUAUUACACCCAAUUGCAUAGAAAGUGUUAUGAUCAUCAGUUCAUUUUCUUUUUUGUUCAGUUUAACUGCAUAUAGUCUAAAUAUUUUUUUGACAUUGUGCAAUUAGAACCUCUUAAGUGACAAAGUGUCAUAUGGGUGCAAGUGUCAUUGAAAAUAACAUUUGGUAUAACAUUCUGUAGACCCAUUUCUUAAAACCCACUUUUUAAAAAUUGCUGGAAUUUUAGUAAAAGAUAUUUUGUGAUCCAGUCAAUUUGUAUGUUCAGGUGGAUUUAUGUCAAUCAUUUAUGUGCUCAGGGCAUAUGAAAACAUAUUGGCAUUGCUUCUGUUUAAACCAUUGAGUCCAGAAAUAAUGCUUUCUGUAAGCUAUAUCUUGCAGAAAGGUUACAAAUGUAUAUUAUAAAUAUAUUAUAAAUAUUGUAGUUUUUUUUUUCUUUGUUUGUUGUGUGAAUGCAAAAUGUUGACUUUAACAACAUAUAUUUUAAAACAGCUUUUGAAUUAUACUGGUAUAAUUUGUUUACAUAUAUAAUCUUGUAUUAAAAGUAAUAUCUUUAAUAGGUAUUUUGCACACCUACUGUAAAGUUAUAAUGAAAUAAAAUAUAAGCAGUCAUUUUUUUUAGACUAUUUGGAAGAUAUUUAAAUUUUUCUAUUUUUUUCCGGACAACUUGUUUGUGUCAUAUAUCUUCUGAUAUUACAACAGUUGCUAAUUGACUUGUUUGAUAGAACAUCAUAGAAAAGUCAGUUUUUGCCCUUGUGACAACAAGGUACUAUUUACAAUUUUUAUAAAUAGAUAUAUUUUGCUGGUAGUGUUUUACUGGGAGACACUUUUUGUUUCAGUGUCAUUUCAAAGGAAAGUACCUCAGAUGUUGUGACAGUUUAUAAAGAAAAGAAGUCAGUGCAUUGUUUUCAUAUUUUAUAUAUAGAUAAAAUUUUACCCUUAGAGCAUCCAGGCUGCUAUUCUUUGUAAACUUAUUAAUAUCCCGAGUUAAUAAAGGUUAAAUGAAACCUUAUUUUCAUAUUCCUUGAUUUUAUAAGAUACUAGAGUUGGGAGAUGAUGUUUUAUUUUAUGGUACUUUUUUGUCAGAAUAUUUGUCAAGUAGGAAAUGUGAAUUUGCCAAAUAAAAAUGUGUAAGUGAAAAAA